GUCCGAGCGUUUUGUAUUUCGGCGUUACCAACUAUAGAGGAUGGAUUCUGGCAUUAACGUACGGAUAUAGCUUCGGGGUAGAGUUGACCAUCGAUAAUAUCAUAGCUGAGUACUUCUUUGACAGAUUCAAUCUGAAUCUGCACACGGCUGGGAUGAUAGCGGCGAGUUUCGGGUUGGCUAACAUCGUGUCUAGGCCCGCCGGAGGGAUCAUCUCGGAUGCAAUGGCGAGAAGGUUUGGAAUGAGAGGAAGGCUUUGGGCUCUGUGGAGUAUGCAGACUUUUGGUGGAGUUUUGUGUGUGAUUCUUGGGCAGUUGAACUCUUUGGGUGCUUCUGUUGUGGUUAUGAUAUUAUUCUCUUUCUUUGUCCAAGCUGCAUGUGGUCUUACUUUUGGGGUCGUUCCUUUUGUCUCUCGAAGGUCAUUGGGGGUGAUAUCUGGUAUGACAGGUGGGGGUGGAAACGUUGGUGCAGUUUUGAGCAAGAUGAAGAGAUCUAUAAUGCUGAGGGAUCAGUAUGCAACCUUGGCCAAAUGUACUGCCCCAGAGAAGGACUGGAAGGCGGUUGUAAAUGAUGCAAGAAUGGCAAAGUGUGGUCUGAUCAAGGAUGAUCAGGCCCUGAGGCCAAGGACUCGAGCUCCGGUUAUCGAGGAGGUCAAAGAAAAGGAGGAACAAGAGGAGCUUGCACCUCUUUUGUGA